CGCACCCUUUCUUUUCCCAGCAGAACCCCAUAACUAGAGGGGGGGGGGGGUCAUAAUGCAUCCGUUGACAUACUUUUUAUAACCAUAUCAUACCAUAUAUUGACCUGAAAGAAUUGUGGAGCAAACACGCUAUGGCAAGCGUAGGUACUUGGACGAGAGAUGAAGAGAAAACUUUUGAGAACGCAAUAGCGAUGCAUUGGAUUGAUGAGGAUUCAAAUGAGCAAUGGGAAAAGAUUGCUUCAAUGGUGCCUAGUAAAAGUCUUGAAGAGUUGAAACUACACUACAAAAUACUAGUAGAAGAUGUUUGUGCUAUAGAGGCAGGAAACGUACCAAUACCAAAUUAUGAAGGAGAGGAAGCCGCAUCUUCAACCAAGGAUCUUCAUGGGCUUUCUGGGACGAUGACUACCGUUAAGAAAUUGAAUUGUGGUUAUGGAAGUGGGUUUGUGGGGUUAGGUCAUGAGUCAUCCGGACAUGGAAGCAAAGGAGCAUCAAGAUCAGAACAAGAAAGAAAGAAAGGCAUUCCAUGGACAGAAGAAGAGCAUAGGUUAUUUCUACUUGGUCUUGACAAGUUCGGCAAAGGAGAUUGGAGAAGCAUAUCAAGAAACUUUGUCAUAUCAAGAACACCAACGCAAGUGGCAAGCCAUGCUCAAAAAUACUUCAUCCGAUUGAACUCAAUGAAUAGAGAUAGGAGGAGGUCUAGCAUCCAUGAUAUUACAAGUUUGAACAAUGGAGAUGUGUCUUCUCAUCAAGCACCAAUUACUGGUCAACAAGUGAACACAAGCCCUGCUGGUUCCGCUCCUGCUAUGGGACCUCCGGUAAAGCAUAGGACACAAGCCCAUAUGCCUGGUUUAGCCAUGUAUGGCCCGCCGCUUGGACACCCGGUUGCCCAUCCUCCAGUUCACAUGGCAUCGGCUGUUGGAACUCCGGUCAUGCUUCCCCCACCUGUACACCAUCCCCACCCUCCCACGUAGUUCCUGUGCUUACCCAAACGCACCACCAAAAACAAUAUCAAUAAGGAUCUCUCACUUCCUCCAAAUUUCACCAGAAGACUGAAGGAUUUUGAACGAAGGAGGGGUGUAGUAAGAGGACUUUUUUUUCCUCCUAGCUGGGUACUGAAAAUGAAGAUUCAUUCAUCAAGAACAUGAUCAACAAGAUGUAAGGUAUCAGGGACUCAGCAUUUUUUAUCAUUGAAAUUUUGUAUUCUAUGCUAAUCAUAGCUGCUUAAUUUAUCAAACAUCUCAACAAGAUCAGUG